ACUGGGUCACGACUUUGUGGAAUAUUCUCUAGAGCUCCCAAAACGCCUCAGUAACCCAGGACUGUCAGGACAACGGACUGCUUUCUGCUGGAGCUCUUAACGUGAAGGGUCAGGAGCGACCCUGGCGAGCCUGGGGCUGACGUGUGUGGGCACAGUGGGAGUGACCCUGGCAAGGAAGCGGGGGAGGCCUGGACAUUGUUUCUCCGUCUCCUGUCCCGCUGCUCUCAGCCCUGGGCUCCCAGCUCGCAAGCAGCAACGAUGGCGUUCCCAGGCAGGGUGCACCCCUCUGUUAUCCCAGAGAAUGAAGAAAUCCCCCAGACAGCCCUGAACGGUAUCCACCAGGCUAAUGGAAAUGAAGACGAGAGGGCCGUGUCUAAACUGCAGCGCAGGCACAGUGACGUAAAAGUCUACAAGGAGUUCUGUGACUUUUAUGCAAAAUUCAACAUGGCCAAUGCCCUUGCUAACGCCACUUGUGAGCGCUGCAGGGGGGGUUUUGCGCCCGCCGAGAAGAUUGUAAACAGUAAUGGCGAGCUGUACCAUGAACAGUGUUUCGUGUGCGCUCAGUGUUUCCAGCAGUUUCCAGAAGGACUUUUCUAUGAGUUUGAAGGAAGGAAGUACUGCGAACAUGAUUUUCAGAUGCUCUUUGCUCCUUGCUGUCAUCAGUGUGGUGAAUUCAUCAUUGGCCGAGUUAUCAAAGCUAUGAAUAACAGCUGGCAUCCUGAGUGCUUCCGCUGUGACCUCUGCCAGGAAGUGCUGGCAGAUAUCGGAUUUGUCAAGAAUGCUGGGAGACAUCUGUGUCGCCCGUGUCACAAUCGUGAGAAAGCCCGGGGCCUUGGAAAAUACAUCUGCCAGAAGUGCCAUGCCAUCAUCGAUGAACAGCCGCUGAUCUUCAAGAAUGACCCUUACCAUCCAGACCACUUCAACUGUGCCAACUGCGGGAAGGAGCUGACUGCUGAUGCCCGGGAGCUGAAGGGAGAACUGUACUGCUUGCCGUGCCAUGAUAAAAUGGGUGUCCCCAUCUGUGGCGCUUGUCGGCGACCCAUUGAAGGGCGUGUGGUAAAUGCCAUGGGCAAGCAGUGGCACGUGGAGCAUUUUGUUUGUGCCAAGUGUGAAAAGCCAUUUCUUGGACAUCGCCAUUAUGAAAGGAAGGGCCUGGCAUAUUGUGAAACCCACUAUAACCAGCUAUUUGGUGAUGUUUGUUUCCAUUGCAACCGUGUUAUAGAAGGUGAUGUGGUCUCUGCUCUUAACAAGGCCUGGUGCGUGAACUGUUUUGCCUGUUCUACCUGCAACACUAAAUUAACGCUCAAGAAUAAAUUUGUGGAGUUUGACAUGAAACCAGUCUGUAAGAAGUGCUAUGAGAAAUUUCCGCUGGAGCUGAAGAAAAGACUUAAGAAACUAGCCGAGACCUUAGGAAGGAAAUAACUUCCUUUAUUUUAUUUUUUUCUCUUCUAUGCAAAGAUAAGAGAUCACGUGUACCAACAUUAUUGACUAGAUCCACUCUUAUUUAAACCUGUCUCUCAAAAUAGUUGAGAGUGAAGAGGACCUAUGUGAAUGGUUUUCUUCAUCUCCUUUUGCUCAUUAAAAAAGAAAAAAACUUUGUGUAAUCAUAUUUAAAACACAGAUGAAAUGAAGAUUUGCCUUUGUUAAUAACCUGUUCCAAUUUAUUAAAAUGUAGACUAUACUUAAUAGCAAAAAACACAUGGUCAAAUGUUAAAUUUCAAUUAAGGUGCAAAAAAAUUAAAUGUAACUUUUAAAAAUGAAAGUAAGGAGUUAGCUUUUACAUGUCUCAGCUAAAAACUAUAAACUUGUACUUGGUACUCAAGAAAAUUAAUUCCAACUGCUGUUCGGGAGGAUAUAGUGAAGAAAAAUAACCAAGAAAACAAAUCUUAUGGUAUCUUAGUAUGUUUAUCAGACUGGUAGCUAUAAAAUGAAUAUACACAUUACUAAGACAAGAAACAAAUGUAUUCAAAACUACUUGAUUUUUUUUAAUGCAAUAAUUAUGCUUAGUUUUAUAUUUUGUUCUCCUUGUGAACUUCUUCCUUCAUACAGUUUCUUAACACAGUAGUUUUAGCUAGCUAGUAGUACGCCUUUUUACAUUUUGUGCAAAAAAAAUGUAUUCUAUGUAUUUGAAAAUACAGUAUACUUUACAAUAUUGGAAAAAUGAAGUAUUUUUUAAUGUAUUACAGCAAUUAUGCUUCUAAGCUUAAGGUCAAAGAUGUACUCUUAGAAUAGGAUAUGAAAUUAAAUUUUAUGUAGGUUGGAAUGUAUCACUUAGAAAGUGAAUGUUUAUGUAUUGGUCAUAUUGCCUUUAUAACCAUGUUACUAUGUAUGCUUUAUAUAUAAACUUGCGUUGCCUUAGAAAAACACAUACUUUAAUCAGGAAUUCUAGCUGUUUCAUACAGUACCAACGAAAAAUAAGUGCAUUGGUUGAGAUUUAUAAACUCAAAUUCAUUUACCACAGCUAUGUUACAUUUUUUUUAAAAAAAUUACCUCCCUUUUUAGGAAACACAUUAAAAUUAAUUUCUGUCAUCGUAUUAGAAGCGAAUGAUGUCUAUAUGUGUGUCAAGUUUUUCAUUUUAAAUUUCAUAAUUAGAUUUUAUUUGCUAUAGGUAAGAGGUAUAAAUGACUCUUUUAAAUUGCAAGAGGGAUGUUUUAGUGUCAAUUUUAGGUUAAAAGUAAUAAGUUCUACUUUAUAAAUGAUAAAGUUUUAUUCUGAAGUUUCUAGGUCAUUCUUUCUCGGUAAACUUGUAUGUAAAGCAAAUUUUGUGAACAUAUUUAAAUAUUGUUGUGUUGUUAUUUAAAAGUUGCCAAGAUGGAUUUCCAAGGGGAAAAUUACUGGUUUUUCCAAAAAUUGCUAAAAUGUUGUUUUGCCAUUAAAAAUAUCACCUCAGGAUGCUACUACUCUGCCAUUAAAAUAUUUAUAUGCAUGUAUUAAAACAUUUGUGCAUGCACUUUACAAGGGAACUUCUGUUUCAGUUUUGAGAUAACUUAUAACGAAGUACUUUAUCUUUUAGUCUUCUUUCAGAAUUCAAAGAAUUACAAAUGAUUGAAAAUAAUCAAUAUUUAUAGUUUAAUACCGCAUGUGUUCAGAAGUUUAAAACAGUCUUUGCAUUUGACAGUAAGAAUCAAAAUCCCUUCGAUGUGCCUUUGUCAGCUGAUUUAUGACCAGCAGUGAUAAACUUGAAAGCAUGUAUUGAAUAUUAUACUAUGGAUACAGGCAGAAUAGGACAGGGUUUGCAGCAUAGGGUCUUGAUGCUAAACUCUUACAAGUACCCCUACACCAGAAGUACGGAGCAGAAAAGUAACCAUUUACCUAUAUUCUCUUACCACUUUGAAGAUGCAUGGACUGAGCUCAGCUGCUUUGAUUACCUAUCUUACAUAGCCAGGCCUCUCCUGUAGCCAGAGGUCCCACUGCUAUCCUUGCUCACUCUUAACAUUUGAAUUAAUAGUUCCUAGAAGUUGAACUUAUUAAGUCUCUAAUACUUUAGGAUAUUUUAUCUAGAUACAGUACUUUCUUCCUUAGUAGGGCCAUCAAUCCCUUACAUGUGGGAAAAGAGGAAGAAGUUGAAAAGUUGUAAGUAGAAUAGAAGACAAACUUGAUUUAUUUCAUAAUAUUUUUCAUGGAGCUUUCCCUAGCUGUGGAAAAACUCAGGUUAGUAAGCAUAUCUUUGUUUAAAGUCCUGCAAGGCAAUUUUAAAUAAUUCAUUGUUCUUACCAAAUUCCUAAGUGCUCUUUUUCUUACCAAGCCUAAUAUAAUUGGGGAAAAUGUCUGGAUACAAAUAAAACAUUCUUUGGAUCAUGUUCAAAGCCUUAUUAACAUGGUACCUGAAAUGAUAGGUCAUUUUGCCUCACUUAUUUGCCAAAAUAGCCAUUUCUAAGUUAAGGAAAUUUUGAGGUAGGCUUACAGCAUUCUUACAGUGUUUCAUUUUAGAUUGUAAGCUCAAUGGCAGGGACACUAUCUUGAUAAUUUUGUUUUUAUAUAA